GUUCCCGGUAUCUGGUUACAUCGGUUUAUAAAAAGUCCCACCACAGCCGAUCCGCGUCCAGAUAGGCUUUCGAACGAAGGCUCUAGGGCUGUUUCUCUUUACGUGUCUCAAAUAGCCCCAGCGCAACCAACUCGCCAAUAUGCCGAAGAAAGCAGCGUCCACCGAAGAGGACCCCGAUCCCACCCCAUACCUUUUCGUUUCGUUGGAACAGAAACGUAUCGAUCAGAGCAAGCCCUACGAUGCCAAGAAAUCUUGCUGGGUCCCCGACGACAAAGAGGGCUUCUUACUUGGUGAAAUUAGGGGCACCAAAGGUGACCUCGUCACCGUUGGUAUCCCCGGAGGAGAGGAGAAGAACUUUAAGAAAGAACAGGUCACUCAAGUGAACCCGCCCAAGUACGAAAAGUGCGAGGACAUGUCUAACUUGACAUACCUCAACGAUGCCUCCGUAUUGUAUAAUUUAAAACAAAGAUACUAUCAUAAAUUGAUCUACACCUAUUCCGGUCUCUUCUGCGUCGCCAUCAACCCUUACAAAAGAUUCCCCGUCUACACCAACCGUUGUGCCAAAUUAUACCGUGGCAAGAGGCGUAAUGAAGUCCCACCACAUAUUUUCGCUAUUUCUGAUGGUGCUUACGUCGCUAUGUUAACCAAUCAUCAAAAUCAAUCCAUGUUGAUUACUGGUGAAUCUGGUGCUGGAAAAACUGAAAACACGAAGAAAGUAAUUGCGUACUUCGCCACCGUUGGUGCUUCAACUAAGAAAGAUCAACAGCCAUCUGGUAAAGGUACCCUUGAAGAUCAAGUCGUACAAACCAAUCCCGUACUUGAAGCCUUUGGUAACGCCAAGACAGUGCGUAAUGAUAACUCGUCUCGUUUCGGUAAAUUCAUCCGUAUUCACUUCGGCCCAACUGGUAAAUUGGCUGGUGCUGAUAUCGAAACCUAUCUAUUGGAGAAAGCUCGUGUCAUCUCCCAACAACCUCUCGAAAGAUCUUACCACAUCUUCUACCAAAUGAUGUCUGGAGCCGUUAAAGGACUUAAAGAUAUGUGUCUACUUUCGAACAACAUUUCGGAUUACUACUACGUAGCUCAAGGCAAAACGACAAUUCCAGGUGUCGAUGACGGCGAAGAAUGCAAUUUAACAGAUGAAGCCUUCGAUGUACUUGGUUUCACCCAAGACGAAAAGGACAACAUUUAUAGGAUUACCGCCGCCGUUAUGCAUAUGGGUACCAUGAAAUUCAAACAGAGGGGUCGUGAAGAACAAGCUGAAGCUGAUGGAACUAGUGAAGGUGAAAAAGUUGCGAAAUUGUUGGGUGUUGACCCAGCUCUUUUGUACUCUGGUUUAUUGAAACCUAAGAUCAAGGUCGGUAACGAAUUCGUAACCCAAGGUCGUAAUGUGAAUCAAGUCAAUUACUCCGUCGGUGCCAUGUCGAAAGCUAUGUUUGAUAGAUUGUUCAAAUGGCUCGUCAAGAAAUGUAACGAAACCCUUGACACCAAACAGAAGAGGCAACAUUUUAUCGGUGUACUGGAUAUUGCUGGUUUUGAAAUUUUCGAUUAUAACGGCUUUGAACAGCUUUGCAUUAACUUCACCAAUGAAAAACUGCAACAAUUUUUCAAUCACCACAUGUUUGUACUUGAACAAGAAGAAUACACUAGGGAGGGAAUAGUCUGGCAAUUUAUCGAUUUCGGCAUGGACUUGCUCGCUUGCAUUGAACUAAUUGAAAAGCCCAUGGGUAUCUUAUCAAUCCUUGAGGAAGAGUCUAUGUUCCCCAAGGCCACCGACAAGACCUUUGAGGAAAAAUUGAACAACAACCAUUUGGGCAAAUCACCUAAUUUCCAAAAACCCAAACCACCAAAACCGGGUCAACAAGCCGCCCAUUUCGCAAUUGGACAUUACGCCGGAAACGUUCCAUACAACAUCACCGGUUGGUUGGAAAAGAACAAGGAUCCAUUGAACGACACCGUUGUUGAUUUAUACAAGAAAGGAACAAACGCUUUAUUGGUUGAGAUCUUUGCUGAUCAUGCAGGUCAAUCUGGAGGAGGCGGUGAUGCUAAAGGUGGCAAGAGAGCUAAGGGUUCUGCUUUCCAAACCGUAUCCAGUUUGUACAGGGAACAAUUAAACAACUUGAUGACGACUUUGAGAUCGACCCAACCUCACUUCGUACGUUGUAUCAUCCCCAACGAAUUGAAACAGCCAGGUGUCAUUGACUCCCACUUGGUAAUGCAUCAAUUGACUUGUAACGGUGUACUUGAAGGUAUCCGUAUUUGCCGUAAAGGUUUCCCCAACAGGAUGGUUUACCCCGAUUUCAAACUUCGCUACAUGAUUUUGGCCCCGGCUACAAUGGCCGCUGAGAAAGAUCCUAAAGAAGCGGCGAGAAAGUGUUUGGAGGAGGUCGGUUUAGAUCCUGAAAGUUAUCGUGUUGGUCAUACAAAGGUAUUCUUCAGAGCUGGAGUUUUGGGUCAGAUGGAGGAGCUCCGCGAUGACCGCUUGGGCAAGAUCGUCACCUGGAUGCAAUCUUGGGUGAGAGGUUACCUCAGCAGAAAAGAAUUCAAGAAGUUGCAAGAACAACGUCUCGCCUUACAAGUGUGCCAAAGAAAUUUGCGCAAAUACCUCAAGUUACGCACAUGGCCAUGGUACAAGCUUUGGCAAAAAGUCAAACCAUUACUCAACGUUACCCGCGUGGAGGAUGAGAUCGCCAAACUCGAAGAAAAAGCCGCCAAAGCCCAAGAAGCUUAUGACAAAGAACACAAAGCCAAGACUGAACUUGAAGGACUUUACAACAAACUUCUCGCUGAAAAAUCCGAACUUUUGGGGGUGCUUGAAGGCGAAAAAGGAAGCUUGAGCGAAACCCAAGAAAGAGCCGCGAAACUUCAAGCCCAAAAAACCGACUUGGAGUCACAAUUAUCUGAAACCCAAGAUCGUUUGGCCCAAGAAGAAGACGCCCGCGGUCAAUUAAUGCAGCAAAAGAAAAAGUUGGAACAAGAAAUCUCCGGUUUCAAGAAAGAUAUUGAAGAUCUCGAAUUAAACUUGCAAAAAGCCGAGCAAGACAAAGCCACGAAAGACCACCAAAUCAGGAAUUUGAACGACGAAAUUGCCCAUCAAGACGAACUCAUUAACAAGCUCAACAAAGAAAAGAAACUAUCCGGAGAAAAUAACCAAAAGAUUUCCGAGGAGCUCCAAGCCGCCGAAGACAAAGUUAACCACCUCAACAAAGUCAAAGCAAAACUCGAACAAACCCUCGAUGAACUCGAAGACUCUUUGGAGCGUGAAAAGAAGCUCCGCGGGGAUGUUGAAAAAUCAAAAAGGAAGGUUGAGGGUGACUUAAAACUCACUCAAGAAGCCGUCGCUGAUUUGGAACGUAACAAAAAGGAGUUGGAACAAACCAUCCAACGCAAAGACAAGGAAAUCUCCUCGCUCACCGCCAAAUUAGAAGACGAACAAUCCGUCGUUGGUAAAUUACAAAAACAAAUUAAGGAAUUGCAAGCGCGUAUUGAGGAAUUAGAGGAGGAAGUCGAAGCCGAGCGUCAAGCUCGCGCUAAGGCUGAGAAGCAACGUGCCGAUUUAGCGAGGGAAUUGGAAGAGUUGGGUGAGCGUUUGGAAGAGGCCGGAGGUGCAACUUCCGCACAAAUCGAACUCAACAAAAAACGCGAAGCCGAACUUGCCAAACUUAGACGCGACUUGGAAGAAGCUAACAUUCAACAUGAAGGAACCUUGGCUAACCUUAGGAAGAAACACAAUGACGCCGUAUCUGAAAUGGGAGAACAAAUCGAUCAAUUGAACAAACUCAAAGCUAAAGCGGAAAGAGAUCGUGCUAGCAUUUACGCCGAGUUGCAACAAACUCGAGGAGCUGUUGAUCAAGUUGGACGCGAGAAGGCUGCCGCUGAAAAGAUCACGAAACAACUACAACAACAACUCAAUGACGUCCAAGGAAAACUCGAUGAAACCAACCGCACCCUCAACGAUUUCGACGCCGCCAAAAAGAAGCUCUCGAUUGAGAACUCCGACCUCCUCCGCCAAUUAGAAGAAGCCGAAUCGCAAGUGUCCCAAUUAAGCAAGAUCAAGGUGUCCCUCACCACCCAAUUAGAAGACACCAAGAGAUUAGCCGAUGAAGAAGGAAGGGAACGCGCCACUCUUUUGGGUAAAUUCAGAAACCUCGAGCACGACUUGGACAACAUCCGUGAACAAGUCGAAGAAGAAGCCGAAGCUAAAGCCGACAUCCAACGUCAACUCAGCAAAGCCAACGCUGAAUCUCAACUCUGGAGGUCGAAAUAUGAAUCUGAAGGAAUCGCGCGCGCUGAGGAACUCGAAGAAUCCAAGAGGAAACUCCAAGCUCGUCUCGCAGAAGCCGAAGAAACCAUCGAAACCCUCAACCAAAAAGUCGUCGCCCUCGAAAAGGCCAAACAACGCCUUGCAACCGAAGUUGAAGAUCUUCAAUUGGAAGUUGAUCGCGCCACCGCCAUCGCCAACGCCGCCGAAAAGAAACAAAAGGCUUUCGAUAAAAUCAUUGGAGAAUGGAAACUCAAAGUCGAUGAUUUGGCCGCCGAAUUGGAUGCAAGCCAAAAGGAAUGCCGCAAUUACUCCACCGAAUUGUUCAGACUUAAAGGAGCUUACGAAGAGGGACAAGAACAACUCGAAGCCGUUCGCCGCGAAAACAAAAACUUGGCCGAUGAAGUUAAAGACCUCCUCGACCAAAUUGGAGAAGGUGGCAGGAACAUCCAUGAAAUCGAAAAGGCCAGGAAGCGUCUUGAAGCGGAAAAAGACGAACUCCAAGCUGCUCUUGAAGAAGCCGAAGCCGCCCUCGAACAAGAAGAAAACAAAGUGUUGCGUAGCCAAUUGGAAUUGUCUCAAGUCAGACAAGAAAUCGACCGCCGCAUUCAAGAGAAAGAAGAGGAAUUCGAAAACACUAGAAAGAACCACCAAAGAGCUUUGGAUUCAAUGCAAGCUUCCCUCGAAGCCGAAGCUAAAGGAAAAGCUGAGGCGCUUCGCAUGAAGAAGAAAUUGGAAGCUGAUAUUAACGAAUUAGAAAUUGCUUUGGAUCAUGCUAAUAAGGCAAACGCCGAAGCUCAAAAGACCAUCAAACGCUACCAACAACAACUUAAAGACACCCAAACAGCUUUGGAAGAAGAACAACGCGCCCGCGAUGAAGCUCGCGAACAACUCGGAAUCUCCGAACGCAGAGCUAACGCCCUCCAAAACGAAUUGGAAGAAUCUCGCACACUUCUUGAACAAGCUGACCGCGCUCGCCGCCAAGCUGAAACUGAAUUGGGCGAUGCCCACGAACAACUCAACGACCUCGCUGCUGCCAACGCCUCAAUGUCCGCCGCUAAGAGGAAAUUAGAAACUGAACUCCAAACCCUCCACAGCGAUUUAGAUGAACUUCUAAACGAAGCUAAGAACUCCGAAGAAAAAGCUAAAAAGGCCAUGGUUGAUGCCGCGAGAUUAGCCGAUGAACUCCGCGCGGAACAAGAUCACGCCCAAACCCAAGAAAAACUCCGCAAAGCCCUCGAAACCCAAAUCAAGGAUCUCCAAGUCCGUUUGGAUGAAGCCGAGGCUAACGCCCUCAAAGGAGGAAAGAAGGCCAUCGCUAAAUUGGAACAACGCGUCCGCGAAUUAGAGAACGAACUCGACGGUGAACAAAGGAGACACGCCGAUGCGCAAAAGAACUUGAGGAAAUCCGAGCGUCGCAUCAAAGAAUUGAGCUUCCAAGCCGAGGAGGAUCGCAAGAAUCACGAGCGUAUGCAAGACUUGGUUGAUAAGUUACAACAGAAGAUUAAGACCUACAAGAGGCAGAUUGAGGAAGCCGAGGAAAUCGCUGCUUUGAAUUUGGCCAAGUUCCGUAAAGCCCAACAGGAAUUGGAAGAGGCUGAAGAGCGCGCUGAUAUGGCCGAACAGGCUAUCACUAAAUUCAGGGCUAAAGGACGUGCGGGUUCUGCCGCUAGAGGAGCUAGCCCAGCGCCUCCGAGGUCACGUCCACAAUUGGAUGGAAUGACCUUCCCACCAAGGUUCGACCUCGCCCCCGAGAACGAUUUCUAAAUAAACCCUCUUUUAAAUGAACGCGCUGUGUAUGUUAACAUCGAAAUGCCAAAAAAAAUAAAUAAAUCAUAAAUCGAAAGAAAGUAAAAGAACACGACCGGGACAUUUCAUUUUAUUACUACUACUACCUAUAACACGUAGUUGAAGUCGUUUUUAAUCCCAUUUGAAUCCCGAAAGCAACUCUUUCAAUGAAAGCGAAAAAUUUGGUU